UGUUCAUCCAUCUGCUGCGCCUCAUGCCUCGCGCCAGGUUCCGCAUAUGCGCCGCUCCUUCCCCGCCUAUCGUCCGUCAGCCAUGUCUUCCGCGGAUCGAUAUCCGCCCGCGAAUCCUCUCCCCCCCGCGCGCCGAGCUGCGUACUCUCCGCUCACUCCGACCACCAGCAGCACUAGCGGCCUCAGCAGCAGCGGCGGCAGCGGUCCAGGCAUGAGUGUAGGAAGAUGGGACAAUAGCGGUGCCAUCACUGUGGGCACCGGCGGAAAUGCAACGAUUCCGCCACCCCCGGCACACCCUCCUGGUUCGUCCCUGCUUGGUUCCUCUCCGCUAAGCGCAUCCCCGUUUAGGGCUUCUCCGCUAGUUGCAAUCGGCGGAAGUAGCAGGGUCGGCGAGAGUGGCGGGGGUCCCAGCACAAGAGGCGGCACCGCUUUUUCCGGGGGAGGCGCUUUCACGGGCGCUAGCGCUAGCUCCCGCGGCGGUGAGCCCGCGGGCGGGGGUGGUGGCGGCGGAAACCCUACGCGCAGAAGCGCAGGUGUCGCGGAUCCGAGCCUAUACGACCCGCUACUCUACACCCCGCCUUCCUUCUUCCCCUCCUCGCCAGAAACUAACCUUACUAACCCCUUUAAUCCUGUAAAUACCGUUAAUCUAUCCCCAAAUCCUGUAGGGGGAAACCCGGACCCUGAAACCGGCACUCCGCCGUGCCCCCUGUGUCCCCCCAACCCCCCGCUAGCCAACCUCCUCCCCACACUCUCUCUCUACGUCUUCCUACUCCUCCUCCUCACGUCGCUCCUCGCCCUCCUCGCGUGCCGCGCCCUCUGGCCGCAACACUCCCCGCGCUUCCUCUUAACUCACAUCCCUAACCCUAACAUCCUCUCCCAAAUACUCCUCAUCAUACACCUCGUAUUCCUCCUGCUCUUCGCCUUCCUCUAUGUCAUCUUCUCCCGUCAAUUGCUCUUCCACCUCCUAUUCGGGGACGUGCUGCUAGUCUGCCGCCUGGGCUGGCUGGCUGUGUCCCCUCUAGUGGCGCUUUCCGCGGGCAACGCGCUGCUGCUCGCGCUAGUACUGCUCCUGGUGCCUCUGUUUCAGCCCGGCUCGUCCCCUUCGGGUCCCUUGCCGCCCCCAUCCCUUCCCCCUCGCCCUCCUCCCCCUCCUCGUGUGCCUGCGCCUCCUGCGCCUCCUGCGCCUCCUCCUCUUGUAUCUGAUGGUCGCUUCCCAUCAUUCCUAUCGCCCCCACGCUCAGCAGCAACGCCAGGGGUGGGUUUCCCCUUGUCGUCACAGCUAUCCCCGUUUGUAGCUUCCCCAGGUGUUUUUCCCUUGACAGCUAACCAUCUGACUGCAUUCUACCCCCCCCUGACCUCCUCCCUCUCCUCCAAGCACGCUGCUUCCUCCCCUUCCUCCUCCUCCUCCUCUUCCUCCUCCUCCCCAUUCUCCCCACGUCAGCACCGGCAGCUGCUACUGCUGCUGCGAGGGGGGGGAACCUUUGCGAAGGGGAAGACGCAUUCGAGCGGAGAGGAGAGAGCAGCCCAAGACCUGCAGCAUGCACCACAGGACUUGGUGCGGCAGAGAGUAGAGCAGCCACGGCAGAUCUUGCAGCAUCCGGCAUUGCAGCAGAAAUUGCAGCAGCCAUCGCAGCAGCAAUUACAGCAGGUGUUGCAGCCGGCACCCUCCUGGAUAAAAGGCUUGAAACGGCGUGUUUCAAAGUUCGGCUCUUCAGGCUUAAGCACCUUGCGGAGAUGGCUGGGGCUCCAGAGCUCCCAAUGCGCGCAUAAGGGACAGCAAGGCGAAGGGGAAGGGGAGGACGAAGGGGAAGGGGGAGGGGGAAGGGAAGGGGGAGGCGAAAAGGGAGGAGAUGGAGAAGAGGAGGAAGACCUGGUGUGCAAGCUCCUGUGGCUGGUCCUGGGAUUCAUUUCUCUCAUGGAGGCUGCUUUCUUCGCCUGUGCGUCUCUGGCCUUUGCGCACCAGCUGCUGGUGUGCCGCGCCCGGCACCAGCAGGCAUGGCUCCUGCACGCUGGACUGGGGGCUCUGGUGUGGUCUCAGAGGGCGUGGCUGCACCUGCAGCACCACAUCGCUCAAAUGCUGCAGCCCCUGCACGAGCACCUGCUCUUCUUCUCCUCGCCUCUCACCAAGCCAGACGAUGCCACCCUGCCCUCCUCGGCAGCAGCAGCCGCUGCUCAAGAGGCCCAGUCCUUCCGCUAUGCGCCCGUCCCAAGCCCUUCCGCCACCCCCUCCGCCGUUGCUGCCUCUUCGUCCUCUUCCUCCCCUGCUGCUGCUGCUGUUGCUGCUGCUGCUGCUACCGCGUCAUCCAUCUCUCCCACUCUCAAACUAGCACGGCACACGGGUGUCACCUCCACCACUGCUGCUGCUCCUCCAUCUUCAGCUGCUGCUGCUGGUCCAAGCACCCGAAUCAGUGUCGCUGCUCCUGAAUCCUCAUCCGUACCUCUCCGGUCCCUACCCACUCCCGCAGCAGCGCCCGUCUUCCCGUCCUCCUCCUCAGGGGGCAGUUCAGGGUCAGCAGCGCUGCAGGUGCCUCCGGCGCAGCGGCUUCUGCAGGAGGGGGGACUCAUGCAGAGCGUGUACCGGGAAAUGGUGUCCACACAGCAGAGAGUGGUGGAGUUGGAGAGGGAGGUGCAAAGACUGGAAGAGCAGAACAAGCUGUAUGUGCAUGAGCACGCUCGUCUGCGCAGCCUGCUGGCCGAAUGGAGCGCCCAUGCUGCUAAGCUGGAGGCAGCGCUUUACCGCGCCCAGGUGUACGCACAGAGAGAGGCCGGGAGAGAGGCGCGGAGAGGGGGAGGGAGAGAAGGGGGGAGAGAGGGGGGGCAGCGAGAGGGGGGGCAGCGAGAGGGGGGCAGCGAGAGGGGGCGCAGAGGGUGGGGACAAGCGAAAGGCAGAGAGGGGGGCAGGUACAGGCGCAGGCAAGCAUAGGGAGACCAGGGGGAGAGAGUGAGGUACAAUCAAGGGCACAAGCACAGGCAGGAACGGAUGGUGAGGCUGAUGGGCGAGGGGAAGGGCGUGUGGAUGGGGGGGGAAACGGGCAGGUAAAUGGGCAGGCGCAGGAACGGAGGCAUGCACAGGGAGUGGGAGAGGAAGAGGGGGGUGGACAGGGAGUGGGACAGGGAGGACAGGGAGUGGGAGAGGGAGUGGGACAGGGAGUGGGACAGCUGUAAGGCGAAGGUGAGGUGGGUGUCAACUUAUACAUAUUAUCUAUGUAGAAGUUAUAGGCUAGACCGAGGUAUGCUUCUAGUGAGUACAACCAACUAGUAUUUGUUCUAGGUUUCCACUUCUAGUAAUCAUUCGUUCUCACAUUGACAUGGUAUCACGCGUAGGUUAGCAUCCCCCCACCUACCGCUUCCGCCCGUACCC